AUGAAAGCGUGUUCACAUUACCGCCGUAUCGGGCAUUCAGCGGUGCAAUCUCAACACCCAGAACAAUCGAACGAAAUAGCUGAUACACUUUCGCGAAAUCGUACUGUUGUAUGUAAAGUAGGUCAAUUCAGCCUUCAGGGUCUCCUCUACGCUGUGGCGAGGCAUGAAAUUCUGGCUGCAAUUGAAGUGUUGCCUAUUUUCAUCGAAGAAAUUCCAAAGAAAUUGUAUAAAUCAGACCAAACCGUCGGAGACAGUUUGGCUAAGCUCACCAAAGACGUUAUGGUCCCCAGACACACACCUGACGAUGGUUUCUUGUACUACUUGACGUUUGAAAAUGAGAAACCAAGACUCGUGAUUCCGGAAAAUGAGCACUUGAAGAAAUUUGCUAUCCAAACACAUAAUUAA